UGCUGCUCGGAUCCUCCGACUCUGCGCGUCACGUGACUCUUCCUCUUCGAGGCGAGCGCUCUCAGAUGCGGAGCAGAGGAAGAGUCGGACGCGAGGUCGGGCUCAGCUCAGCACCAUGGCUCUGCGGGACGAACUGCGGGGCGAACUGCUCAAGUCCAUCUGGCACGCGUUCACCGCCCUGGACGUGGAUCAAUGCGGAAAAGUCUCCAAAUCUCAGCUGAAGGUGCUGUCACACAACUUAUGUACGGUGAUGAAAAUCCCCCACGACCCCGUGGCGCUGGAGGAGCAUUUCAAAGACGACGACGAGGGUCCGGUGUCGACGCAGGGCUACAUGCCGUACCUGAACAAGUUCAUCCUGGAUAAGGUCACGGAGAAGUUCAACCGGCAGGACUUCGACAGGAUUUGCUGGUUGCUGUGCUCCAGGAAAAACCUGCCUCCAGGUCGUCUGCUCAUCAGCAGCGACGACGCCUUCAAGAUCUGGUGCAUCUUCAACUUCCUGUCUGAGGACCGGUACCCGCUGAUCAUGGUCACGGAGGAGAUCGAGUACUUCCUCCGUAAGCUGACCGAGGCCAUGGGGGGCAGCUGGGUGGAGGAGCGCUUCGAGGACUACAGGCUGGAGCUCCACUCCAAGCAGCAGUGUCUGAACGCGUGGGAGCUCAUCGCGCUGGUGGGCUCCGGCCACUUCAGCAAAGGCAUGGACGGCCAGACGCUGUCCAUGGCCGUGGGCGAGGUCUACCAGGAGCUCAUCCUGGACGUGCUCAAGCAGGGCUACUUGAUGAAGAAGGGCCACAAGAGGAAGAACUGGACCGAGCGCUGGUUCGUGCUCAUGCCCAACUCCAUCUCCUACUACGUGGCUGAGGACCGGGCCGAGAAGAAGGGCGACAUCGUACUGGACGGCAACUGCAGCGUGGAGCCUCUACAAGACAAAGACGGGAAGAAGUGUCUCUUCUUCAUCAAGUCGUCACUAAAAGGUUUUGAGAUCAGCGCUUCGGACAAGAAGAAAAAGCAGGAGUGGAUGCAGGCCAUCCAGAACUGUGUGACUGUGCUGCGUCAGGGCCGCGCGGCGCCGCACCGCGAGGCCCGGCAGAAGCGCCGGGACCAGCGUCAGAAGCAGCAGGCUGAACAGCAGGAGCUGGAGCUGAGGAUGAAGGAGCUGCAAACGGCCAACGAAGCCAAACAGCUGGAGCUGGAGAACAUGAGGAAGGAGCUGGAGGAAGCAGCGGCGUACGCAGCGGCCGAGGAGAAGAAGCGACUUCAGACCCAGACGGAGCUCCAGGACCGCUACAGGACGGACCUGGAGAGAGAGAAGAUGGUACGACAGCAGAUGGAGGAGCAGGUGGCCCAGAAGUCCACUGAGCUGGAGCAGUACCUGCAGCGGGUCCGUGAGCUGGAGGAGAUGUACGGGAAACUAGAGGAUGCGCUGGAGGACGAGAGACGGGCCAGACAGGACGAGGAAGCCGUCCGCCGGCUGCAGGAACGGUUACUGGAGCAGGAGGCCAAGAAGAGAGCGGAGCUGGAGCAGAUACACCUCCGGCAGCAGCGCGCCAUCUCCAAGACGGAGGCCGAGAAAGAAGAGCUGGAGAAGGAGCGCGUGGCCAAGGAGAGCGCUCUGCAGGCGGCCAUGAAGCAGCUGGAGCAGCUGGAGCAGGAGCGCAGGGGAGCCGUGGUGCAGCACCAGAACGUGAUGAGGAAGCUGGAGGACGCGACCAACAACACCAAGUCGUGGAAGCACAAGGUGGCUGAACAUGAAGGCCUGCUGCGGCUGAUUCAGCCAGGGUCCAAGCCCACUCCCAUCGUCAACAACUGGGGCAUAGCCUCCUUUUCUGAUGGAGAACUGAGCCUGAGGGAGAAGCAGUGGCAGGAGAGGAAGAACCAGGUGACCCAGGCCCAGUAGAACCGGAGGCUGUGAAGAGUCAGAGCUGCACAGACAGAAUGUAAAUAAUGCCUGUUCUCUGGGUGACACUGAACUGUAACGUAACCCUCAUAACACAGGCCUUCGAGGUCAAGGGGCAUUAAUGAAUCUAUUAACUGUAUCUCAGUGACACCAUCCCCCACAGACACGAGUCAUCGGGAAAUGCUGGAAUCUCACCCUGUAGUGAAACGCGUGGCCUAUUAACAGGAAGCGGCAAAAUCAGAUGAAAGCAAAGUGACACCAGCAGCAGGCGACACGUGGCAGUCCACUAGUUAAACACGGAGCCGGUCCAAGAACCACGCAGAACCAGUGAACCACGCAGAACCAGUAAACCACGCAAGCACAUGUUCUCAGCCUCUGCUCCUCAGUGCUCCUGCUUUUAGACCACACUGACCCUUUUACAGUCGUUUCCUCACCGAGUUGUUCUGUGUCGGUUUACAAAUGUACAGUCAGUGAUGGUUCAAAGGUUUAAAGACCAUGUAUCAUGUACUAAACCAUCUCAUCAUCAUGUUAACCUCAGCGUAACCAUCAGUGUCUUUGAUACAGUCAUGAUUUCUAUUAUGUUUUUAAAUAUGCAAAAAACUGAAUAUGUAAUAAAACAUGUUGAAGAACAGUCUUACUAA